UAAAGAGUGAGGGGCUGCGGGCGUUUCUGUUGUGCUUUCUUGAUGGUCCUUAGGAGGCUCUAGGAGACUUGAAACGGUCAUCAAGGGCCUCUGAGUCGGCGUCUGAGUCAGCUGGUAGCAGAUAAAGAGAUUAAAGAGAGAGGAAGGCGUGCAGUAUUGAAGGCUACCAUAGCCCACUGGAAACAGAAUCCCUGGGAUGAACAAGAUAGACACACAGAAUGGAAGAAUAGACGGACAGAAUUGCACAUGGAAGCAAUUUUAAAUGAUAACACACUAUAAAACUGAAAAUUGUUGAGGCUGUUCUAUACAUGAGACGUGUGAAAAUACAAGGAAAAGAGAGAACAAAGAGAAGGUCACAGAUAGAAUCUUGAAGAAUGAGAAGCCCCAGCAUAUAAUGUGACAAUUCUGUAGCAGCCAUGGGCCAGGACAGGAAGAAAUGCACAAACGAUGACAGACAUCACGUUUAGCAUCUAGGAAAACAAGGGUGUGAAUUUAACAGAUCAAAUUUUCUACUAGCUAGUACUAGGAGAUUGUUUCUUGUUAGAAAUAAGAAUUGAUAGAACUGAUUUAGCAAAUGCCUAAUAUAUAAUGCUUAGUCUGCCUUUCAGACCAAUUUAAGAUUGUCUAAAUUUUAGUUAUGUCUGUCUACUCCUCCACUUUAGAGCUCAAAUUCACUUUCUUCUGCAGUGUUUUGACAGUUGAAAGACUCUGGUUGGAUUAUUAAUUUCAGCUGUAUUUGAUCUCUGAGGAUUCAGCAGUAACUACUCUCCCAUCCUCAAGUUACAUGACGGUUAUACUUUUAUUUCUUCAGAACUUUUGCAAAUUUAAUAAGUGUUAAAUGCCAGUGUUACUUUAAAUUCUCUUCUGAGCCUUAGAGUAGGUGCAUAUGCAUGAUAGAUACGAUCAAUGUUAACAAUAUUCCAUAUGCCAUUUCUCCACCCAGCAACUUGAAGACAUUAUGUAGGAACUUGGCAGAGGAGAAUGCAAACUGAUACAUACUUGGAUUGGUAACAGCUGUCAGAGUUUAACAAUAGAACCUCUGCAAGCAGUGACCCUGUGGGCUUCCCUAAUCUAGUUCCUAAUGGCUCAUCCUGCUUCCUUUCAUGUACCCCUUCCUGGAGAGGCAGUGACAAAUCCAUCUCAAGGGAAAGGUGCAUAACCUACAGCUGUUGAUCUAGUCUUUAGUUAUAGUAUAAAUGUUGAGUUGAGGUAACUUUCUCUGUGACAUUAACCUCAGAGCAACCCUCAUCUCUCGUCUAUUGAUAUUCUUAAAAACCGUAAUUCUAUUUUUACUUCAGCUUUAACAGUCUCUGCAUAAUAAAUACCUAUAUGGUAUUUCAUCUUAAGACUUCAAAAAUGUUCAAAGACUAUCUGGUUCUUCUAUUUUGAGAUUCCGUGAAAGUCUGUUCUCCCCAUGUGUGGGCUUUAGGAUCUUAGCUAUUUCCUUAAACUAAUAUUAGAGUGGCUGUGAUGUAUGAGGAACUGUGUGGCCCUGGGGACUCAGAGGUGAAAGCUGGGAUUGCCUGUGUCUUUAAAGGAAGCCCUUGUUUGAUCUUAUUUCAUAAUGAAUCUUAUUAGUGAUUAAAGUUGGCAUGGGUGACUUUGGGGAUCCUGGGAGGGGAGCAGCAACCUCCAAUUCAGUUUUCAGGGAGUAGUAAAAGACUCACCACUGGUGAGAGCUGAGUAGAAGAAGGAGGGAGAAAAAGAGGGAAGAGUUCCCCCUCCCGUAAUGUACCCUUCCUUCUCCUCCAAGUGUCUCCAUUGGCAGGCGGCUAAGUGGAUGCGGGCAGUAAUGCAUGGAGGCUAGAUAGUCAGCCAGGGCCACAGGAUCAAGGACUUUGUGUGCCUUUUGAUCCAGACAAGAGAGUCCUGCUGAAGUCCUUUCAAAGAGUCUAAUGUCCUUGUGAAGUAACAAGCAAAUACUGACCACCUACUAUGUGCUAGCAUGUAGUAGGCACAUUGCUAGUUGGGGUUACAGGAGUGAGUAAAGGAUGAUGCCUAGUGUCUUCCACAUGUGUUAGUGUAUGUGUGAGAGAGAAAAGUAAACACCCAAUAAUUAUAAUAGCAAUAGCAUAAAUCAGAGGCAUGCACUGCUAAGGUCUCCCCAAGGAGUUCAGGGAAGUCUUUACAAAGAAAGCUAUUCUCUGAAGCUGAGUUUGUUCAUCUCGAGUAUGCUCCCAGCCAGAACUGCAAUGAGAAUUGUAGGUGCAGAUGUGCUAUGACUCUGUGCAAGGUUAUGGCUCUCUUGCAUGGCACCAUCAGCACUCGCUGCAAUCAGCAGCAGGUGAUUGUAGUAAUCUAACCAACUAGAUAGGCUUGCUCUGCACCUGGAGACCAGAGAGCAGUCCCACCCCAGGGAGGUUGCCUGGGUCUUGCUGAUGGUGAAGGAAUUGGCAUGCAAAGCAGGAAACCAAAGGGGCCAUUGUACUAUCUGUAACUGGGCGUCCUGAUUUCUGGACUUUAAACAUCUGUAUUGACCCUGAUCUGCAUAGGGUCAGGAGUCUUGCAUUAUUGGUUUCCUUGGUAAUCAAAUGCACCUUAGACUUUGCUUUCUGACUCAGACUGUAUUCAUCAGUACAACUUCUCACACCUGAAUUCAACCUGUAUUCUUAUGGACUGCUUAGUGAUAUGGACUGCUGGAAGGCCUACACUUCUAAGUAAGCAUGUAGAAGAGUACAAAUGCUACACAAGAUGCGAUGGUGAUACUUCUUUUGAAUGAUGCUGAAGUAUCUUCUGUGGAGAGCUUCCUAUAACAUGAAAUAUCAGUCCAGCAUUUAAAAUCAUCUGAUAAAUAAGGUACCUUUGCUGCUGCUAAGUCACUUCAGUCGUGUCCGACUCUGUGCGACCCCAUAGACGGCAGCCCACCAGGCUCCCCCGUCCCUGGGAUUCUCCAGGCAAGAACACUGGAGUGGAUUGCCAUUUCCUUCUCCAAAGUAUCAGUGAUAUGAUCUCCACAAGCCAUGAAGGCACAGGCAGUGCUGUCUUUCUUCUUCACUCUUAUACCAUCUCUAUGUGGACCUCAAGAUUCCUUCAGUCAUGUUAGUAUGAAUGAGCAAAUCAUCACCGGAAGACUAGGUGAAGAUGUAAUUCUCCCUUGCUCAUUUGAGAGUGGACCCAAUGUCGUAAUUCACUGGAAGAACCAAGAUACCAAUGUUUACUCAUACUACAAAGACAGCGACCAGUUGGAAAAGCAAGAUCCCAGAUAUGCAAACAGGAUAUCCCUCUUCCAUGGUGAGAUUCACAAUGGGAAUGCCUCCCUGUCUUUCAGAAGAUUAACCCUUGAGGAUGAAGGAAUCUACGUAUGCUAUGUGGGAACAUCACUUGGAAAAAUCACAAAGAAAGUAGUACUAAAGGUGGGAGCUUUUGUCACACCUGUGAUGAAGUAUGAAAAGAACACCACCAACAGCUUCUUAAUAUGCAAUGUGUUAAGUGUUUUUCCUUAUCCAAUUAUCACAUGGAAAGUGGAUAAUAAUACAUCUAUCUCUGAAAACAAUGGGAAAGAAGUGGGAUCUUUGGGUCCUUUUCGUAUAAACAGCAGAGUAAAUAUUACAGGAUCAAAUUCAUCAUACCAGUGUGAAAUUGAAAAUCCACUGCUGAAGCAAACAUGGACAGGAAGAUGGACAAUGAAAGAUGUCCUUCAUAAAAUGCAAAGCGAAAACGUUUUACUCUCGUGUAAGCCUGAAAACAGUUCUUUCCCACCAAAUCAAGACUUCACAGUCACUUGGUACAGAGUGGAAAGUGGAAGUUCCUUGCUCCUGGCUUACUUUAAGAACUCCUCACAAGAAACACUUAUCAGUCAACCUCGACUUUCAUGGAAAGAAGAGCUGAUAAACUCACGUGACUUCUCUUUAACUGUGAAGGAUCUUCGUCUUUCAGACAGUGGGGAAUAUUUGUGCGAUAUUUCAUCAAAUGAAAGUACCUUACUCACCAUCCAAACACUGCAUGUAGAAGCAAGCCCAAGAGCGCCUGCUGGGAUAAUUGUUCCAGUUUUGGUGGCCGUUGUAUCGGCAGUUUUGUUGCUGUCGGUGGCCCCUCGAGCUGUUAGAUCAAAAAGAUGCAUCGGUUUCCACAAAGAAAGGCAUCCGCCUACUAAUCAGAACUCGAGCAGUGCUGGUACUGCAGAAGAAAAUGUGGGAAGAAAACCAGAAAGCAAGACUCUUGCAUUUGUUCUUCAUGGCCUCCACUUUAAACCUGUCCCCCUGGGAUCUGCAUAUCGAUGUGAUACUUGCCUACCACAGAACAGUUUGCUUAGAAUUUCAAGCAGAUCCAUCUGUGCUUCUUUAAUCAUCUUUUCUCCUUGGAUGCCUGGCUGUCCUACCCACGUGAAUCUAGGCCCAGAACCUGCACAUUAACCUAGAAUUAAGCAUUUGAGAAGUGUAAUAUAGUGCGCACCCCACUCAAAUGCUUACUGUCUGGUACUACCCAGACAGGUAGAAUAAACAUGAGAUUUUAUCAGAAACUCUUUCUCAAUGUUGUUUUUAAAAGCCUCUGAAGAAACAAUUUUCCACGUGAUGACAUGAGCCUGAAACACCAAUGCUUUAAAAGUUACAGCAGAACUGAAUACCUGACGCACCUUUUUCCCAAACUCUUUUGCUUUCAUCUUGAGUUUAUUAACUUGAGAUUCGGCUGUCUCUGCUCUUUCCUUAGCUUCAUUCAACUCGUGUUGCUGCUUCUUAUACUUGGAACGGUAUUGACUAGCUUCUGCUUCCUAUAAAAAUAAAAAAUGAAACAAAGAAA